CGCUGACCCACGCACCAAAUGCAGCACAGUAGCGUGACCCUCGACGCCGAGCUCUACGGCCGCCUCAAGCAGCGCGCCCUUGGCCGCGUCCAGGCCGAGCUCGAGGCACAGUACGAGCCCGACGUGGCGUACAAGGUCCUUUUGAACAAACACAACUUUACGGUCGCGACUCGAAACGUCCAAGACUCGGCCUUUAAGAAGCUCCGCAGCGCCGGGACCUGCCACGACAUGACGCUGGCCGACAUUCAGUAUGCGCUCUACACGGCCGACUCGCGCGCGUACCGCGAGUACCUCGCGGUGCUCUACGGCGAACACUAUUUAGAAGGCGCGGUGCUCAACACGACGCUGACCAAGAACACGCAAGACCCGUUCUUGUGGUUUGGCGUCAAGUACAUGAAGAUCCACCUCCAAGGCAAGGCGGCGUUCGAACCGCGCGACGCCACAUACGUCGAGUACACGGGCACGACACGGAAUUUGCGGGGCGAGACGGUCCUCUAUGUCGUCCGGGAGACGCACGCGUUUCCCGAGAUUCCUCCGUUCCAUGAAGUCGUGCGCUUCCAGUUUGAGCUCGUCCAGCUCUACACGCUGCACAGCGACGGCCGUGUCACAUUCACUUUCUCGACGUUCUCGGACCCGAACGGGUCAGUGCCCGGCUGGCUCUACAACCAGACAGCGUUUGGCGAUAUGAACAUGGACGAGAAGUUGCCACCGCUCAUCACGAUGCGCCGGCUCCUCGAAGCCAGAGCGACGUCUGCAGUCUCGGUGCCCGCCAAGCAGUGCAAGGCUUGCCAUGCGUCGUUCUCGGUGUUUCGGUCGCGCUCGACGUGCGCGAUCUGCAGCCAUCACAUGUGUAAGAAAUGCCGCGUGACGAUCCUCAGCCCCGUGCACACCAAGGGGCUGGUCCCGAGCGAGAAGCGCCAUUUUUGCAAGGCGUGUGUCAUUGACACACGGCGCGCAUACGAAGCCGAGACACGGCCCGGAUCGCGGUCGGCCCAAGAUGCGGCAGUGAAGCGGUCGUCAAGUGCGCCCGAUGUCCAAAUACCUGCCGAGUGGGGCGUCAACCACCGGUACGGCCUCUCGACGUCGAGCGCGCCGUCGGUGCUGGAAGACGACACGGAACACGAUGAUGUUGAAGACGUACGCGGCGCGUCGAUUCUCUCGCAGCACGAGCAGCACCACCGACGUACGUCGAGUCUCUAUGACGAGCACGAGAUGCGCGAGACCUUCCAGCAGAUGAAAUUGUCGCUGGACAACCAAAAGCAACUGCUCUCGGACAUGCAGCGGCAGUUUACGGCGCAGUUUUAGCAGAGUUUGUCGAGUCGUGUGGUGCUAAAUCUAUUAGAGUGUUUAUCUGUUGGAAA